UAUCUCCACCCAACGGCUAAUUCUAUUGGAAAUUCUUUCUCACCAUAACGCGCUCCGCCUCUCUCUCCCCCAACUUGUUAGUUAGUAAUAGUAAUAGGUCGUGUAAUCCAGACUGGAAUCACCGGCUCCAACCGGUUAUCCUCCUUCUCCAACACACUCCCUGUCGGUCACCUUUCCCUCCCUGUUUUCCUCACAACUAUAACCUUCCUGUCCCACUUCCAACCCUAAAAACAGAGAGAGAGAGAGAGGGGAGAGAGAGAGAGAGUUAGGGUUUCAAGAGCAUCAAUCUAUCUCUCUGUUUCUCUGAUUGAGAGAAUUACAGAUAUAAAUGGCUAAUGAAGGCCUUGAAUUCUCUCACAAUGAUGUAGAACUGAACGAAGAAAUGGCCGAAAUGCUGUUCCCGAGGAGGCGAUUCUGCUUCUGCAUCCCUUGCUUCGGCGGUUCGAACAGAUCGGCGGCGGUGGGAGUACAUUGGUGGCGGAGAAUGAAGACGGAGGAGAAGGAGGAGGAGAGGUGGUGGGAUCGGGGGAUCAACGCUCUGAAGAAGCUUCGAGAGUGGUCGGAGAUCGCCGCCGGGCCACGGUGGAAGACCUUCAUACGGCGGUUCAAUCGGAGCAAGAGUGGCGGAGGAGGAGCAAGGCAAGGGAAAUUCCAGUACGAUCCUCUCAGUUACGCUCUCAACUUCGAUGAUGGUCAAGUGCAGAACGGUGAUUCGGACGAAACGUUUCGGAGCUUCUCGUCGCGGUACGCUUCGAUUCCAAUAUCGGUGAAAUCGUCUAUGGAUAGGGAUGCUUCGAGCUUCGCUUGACGGACGAGAGAGAGUUGGAGAAGACGACGACGAUGAUGAUCUCCGGGGGUGCGCGGUCGGGACUAAUUUGCGCCGGUGUGUACACUGGGGAAUGUGCUGUGAUGAGGUGGACGUUGACUUCUAGUAUUGUGACGCUCGGCAUAUCGCUGGUUGUCUCUUGGAUGUCUUUUUAAUUUUUGAUUUUUUUAUUAUCAUAGAAUAUUUUUAUUUUAUUUUAUUUUAUACAUUACUACAAUUUUUGUUUGGUGUUAUGAAUAAAGAUUUGUUAUUUGUGCA